AUGAUGGUACAAGAUUCUGUCAUCAAUAAAUUCCGCUUCCUCUAUACCAAACAGCAGUCUGGCCCAACUUUUCAGAUUCUGUCUGAUCUACAUCUUGAAGUCUGCUCACAAUAUUAUACGUUUGCGAUUUCACCUGUGGUACCCUACCUAAUUCUAGCAGGAGGCGUUGGGCGCCUUAUUGAUUAUGAGGGUUACCUAGCAUUUCUUGCAAAGCAAACCUCGCAAUUCGAAAAGGUUUUCCUAGUUCUUGGAAAUCACGAGUUUUACCACCUCUCACACACCAGCGCUUUGGAACAAGCUCAAAGACUCGAGAAAGAAGCAGUUCUGAACGGUAAACUUGUUUUAUGUCAUCAGAAACGAUGGGAUAUUGAAUUUGGAGAUUUACAGACCGCGAUUCCUGGUUGUACACUUUGGUCUAAAAUCGAUGAUGGCGCAAGAGAAGCAGUUCAAAAAAGGAUAAAGGAUCUCGAAAAGAUAGAUAAUUGGUCGAUUGAUGACCAUAACACUGCACACAUACCUGAUCUUACAUGGCUUUCCAACCAAGUUUCGAUCAUUCAGAACCAAAACAAAUCUAGGGUCGAAGGAGAACCUGAGAGGAAGAUUUUGGUGAUCACACAUCAUGCGCCGACAAUACAUAGUACAUCUAGUCCCAAGAACUCUAACAAUCCUUGGGGCUCAGCAUUUGCUACUGAGCUACCUGGGGAUUCAAGUAUGGGCUGGGUUGAUGUGAAAGUAUGGGUUUUUGGACAUACACAUUUUACAACGGACUUUGAGAAAAACGGUAUACGAGUUUUAAGCAACCAGAGAGGUUAUGUACUUCCAGGAAGUGAAGGAAAGAAAGAUGAAGAAUUUAGGGAACCCGCCUUGGAUUCGAAGAAAGUAUUUGGUAUCUAA